AUGGUGAGUUCAAAGAAGAUACAGCAAUAUGUGAACAGCACGCUGAUCUUCUUCCUCAAUGAUAGCCCCCCUGCUAAGUCCGGAAAGAAGGCCGCCGCCCUGCCCUACCCCCAGGGCAAGGCUGGCAGUGGCAAGAAGGCUGCCAAGAACCCCCUUAUCGAGAAGCGCCCCCGCAACUUCGGUAUCGGCCAGGACAUCCAGCCCCGUCGCAACCUCUCCCGCUUCGUCAAGUGGCCCGAGUAUGUCCGUCUUCAGCGCCAGAAGAAGAUCCUGAACAUGCGCCUGAAGGUUCCUCCUUCCAUCGCUCAGUUCCAGGCCACUCUGGACCGCAACACCGCUGCCCAGACCUUCAAGCUCCUCUCCAAGUACCGUCCUGAGACCAAGGCCGAGAAGAAGGAGCGUCUCGUCCAGGAGGCUACCGCCGUCUCCGAGGGCAAGAAGAAGGAGGAUGUCUCCAAGAAGCCCUACAACGUCAAGUACGGUCUCAACCACGUCGUCGGUCUCGUUGAGAACAAGAAGGCUUCCCUCGUCCUCAUCGCCCACGAUGUUGACCCCAUUGAGCUGGUUGUCUUCCUGCCCGCUCUCUGCCGCAAGAUGGGUGUCCCCUACGCCAUUGUCAAGGGCAAGGCCCGUCUCGGCACAGUCGUCCACAAGAAGACCUCCGCCGUUCUCGCCCUGACCGAGACCCGCGCUGAGGACAAGGCCGAGUUCGCCAAGCUCCUCUCCGCCAUCAAGGAGGGUUACACCGACAAGUACGAGGACUCCCGCCGCCACUGGGGUGGUGGUAUCAUGGGCUCCAAGGCCAACGCCCGCAUCGAGAAGAAGGAGAAGGCUCUCGCUGCCGCCAUCAAGGUUUAA